UAUUAAAGUAAACAUUCAUGUUAUGAUAAAUAAAAAGACUUUUUCAUAAAUUGUCAGCAAAUUUUCUUUUGUAAAGUCAAUAAAUUUCAGAAACAAUCAUGUCAGAUUUCAGUGCAAGUUCGUGUUUUAAAGUAUUUUUAUCAUUGUUAACAAUUUAAUUUUUUAAAAUCUUAAAUAUACUAUGGAGCGCUAUAAAAUAAUACCGUUAAUUUUUAUUUUAUAUUAUAUUAUAUUAUUAUUUAUACGUGAUAUUUCUUGUGUUAAAUUUGAUGAAUUACAAUCACUUACUUCAAUAACAUUCAAUCAUCCUAAUACAUAUGAUGAUUACAAAGAUUACAAAAUAUAUUAUGAAAAGAAAUUAAAAGAAUCUAAUUUUAAUAGUAAUUCUAAAGAAUUGGUUAAACAUAUUCGAAAUGCACGUGGUAUAUCGGAAUCUAGUCGAUAUCUCAGACCUGAUGAUGCUCAUCAAGUUGCAAAUUAUUUUCUUACUGGAGGACCAUUAAAAGGUCAUUCACAUUUUGUGAGAGAAAGAAAUUGCAAUUCAGAGAGUGAAAAAAAUAAAGAUGAAAUAAGUAAUUCAACUAAUAAGUCUAACAUAGAUUCAUCUGUGAAUGAACAAAAUUUAAAUAUAACUUCAUCUGAUUCUAUUGUUGGAGCACCACAUCUACCGACAUUACAUUCUCAUAAUUUACAUUCUCUUUUACAUCCAACUUUAAAUACAUUAAGUAGAGUACCACAAUUACUAUUAGGGAAUAAUUUAUUACAUUCUGUGUUACAUCCUAAUUUACAUCCUCAUAUUAAUGCAUUACAUGAAAUUCCUAGCAGUUUGAUGAAAUCAGCUACUUUACCAUUAAAUGACUUAAUACAUGCUAGAUCAGAACUGCGUAAUAUAUUACAUCCAGAUGGACCACUUCUUGGAAAUAUCAAUAAAGCAUUAGAAGGACAUACUAAAAAAAGAAAAAAUCUCAAGAAUACUUUGAUCCAUCCAUUUGGACAAUAUACUAUUGUGGGAUUAGCUCCUAAAAAUUUCCACAAUAAUAUUCCAUUAUCAAAAAUGAUUGAACCUCAUCUUUCAGCACCCCAUCCUCAUCCUAACGGUUAUAUUGUGAAAUAUAUAGCUCACAAUAAACAAUCAAAAUUAUAAUAACCUUUCAAUAUUAAAGAAAAUAGAAAAAAAUAUGAAUUAAUAGCACUAUCAAAAUUG